AUGUCUUCGCUCAAAAUUCGCGGUUCCGCUUUAAACUCCAUUCAGCGACAUUUGCAGUCGAGUAAAGCAGAUGUGCUUUCGGAGGACGUCGAAGUGCUCUCCACGCACCUACAAUUAUUGGAAGAGCAGUGGGUUCGUUUUUGCGAAGCUCAACAAGAAGUGGAGCUGGCAUGUGGCGACGAGAACACUCCUAUGGAAGAACAAUCGCGCAUACAGUGCGAGGAGUGGUAUAUAACUGCAAAGGCCAACUUUAAACGUCUUCUGUCAUCGCACACACAACCACCACCACAUAAUUCUAUUCCGGUUGCACAUGCAUCCACGUCGCUGCCAAAGCUGCAGUUGCCCUCGUUUUGUGGUGGUCCUACGGAAUGGUUGUCCUUCCACGAUUCAUUUUGUUCGCUGGUUAACGCGAACGCAACCUUGUCGGACGGGCAAAAACUGCAGUAUUUGUGUAACUGUUUGAAAGGUGAAGUACUUAAUUUGGUGAGUAGUUUGUCAGUGUGUGACAGUAAUUAUCGCGAGGCAUGGGACUUGUUGACCUCAAGAUGCAAGGUCAUACGAGUCAUGGUGGACAGUCACAUACGGGCUCUGUCAUCUAUCGAAAAAGCGAGUAAAGACUGCGCUAAGGCAAUCAAGCUCGUGCUUAAUGCUACAUUACAGCAUGUCGGUGCGCUACGCGCUUGGUCGACCAACCGAGACCUGGGAUGA